AUGAACCCAUCAACUCUGCAUCUCACUCAUGAUGACUAUACGGUAGCCUGUAUCUGUCCGAUGGGUGUCGAGCAAGCGCCCGUUGAGGCAUUGCUAGACGAAAUACACCCUAGCCUUCCCACCAGCCUCGACAAGAAUAGCUACACAUUGGGACGCAUGGGAAUACACAACGUGGUCAUUGCCAGUAUGCCAGAUAUUGGGAACAACAGUGCCGCCUCAGUAGCUAACCAGCUGUUGAACGAUUUUCGGUCUGUCCGCUUCAGUCUGCUUAUCGGCGUUGGGGGUGGGGUCCCCAAUGUGAGAAAUGGUAUCGACAUUCGCCUUGGUGAUGUGGUAGUCAGUAAACCCUCGGGGUUAUUUGGUGGGGUGGUGCAGUUUGACCGAGGAAAGACUCUCACGAACGAUCGAUUCGAACGGACGGGAGUGCUAGAUAGGCCACCAAAUAUACUCCUAGCAACAGUGGCGAGGCUUGAGGCACUCCAUCUAAGGGUGGAUAGUGAGAUUCCAAACCAUCUCCAAGAGAUGAUUCAGAAGUAUCCAAGAAUGAAAAGGGGGAACUAUAUCUACCAGGGAUCGGAAAAUGAUCGACUCUUCCAGGCAACAUAUGAACACACUGGUGGACAGGAUUGCGAGCGUUGUGAUUCGGCAAAAGUGCUCGUGCGUGAGCCCCGGCCGGAUAUCAACCCAGUAAUUCAUUAUGGAACUAUUGGAUCAUCGAAUACGGUUAUAAAGGAUGCUCAAACGAGGGAUGAGCUAAGGAAUACCCUGAACAUCCAGUGUCUAGAGAUGGAGGCAGCCGGGUUGAUGGAAUCUUUUCCGUGUCUUGUAGUUCGCGGCAUCUGCGAUUAUGCGGAUUCACACAAGAACAAAAGAUGGCAGCCAUAUGCUGCGGCGGUGGCAGCUGCGUAUGCAAAGGAGCUGCUUUCCCUUGUACCAGCAUUCGAUAGAGCGUCACGGGUGAGGACAGAAACCAACUCUUUUCCAGUACGAGGUCAUAAAAUGAUAGAAAUGGGAAAUGUCGGGAAUUUUGUGAAUGGAUAUGUGUCUGGGGAUAUGGUUGGGGGAGACAAAUUCAAUGGGGACAAAAUAAUGAGGUGA